AAAAAGAGGGCUAAAGGGGGUUCAUUCUUCUUUGCGCCGAUCCUCCACCAUCUCUCUCUCCCCAGCCACCUCCAACCGAAGGUAAGUCAUGGUUAAGCAUAACAAUGUUAUACCCAAUGGCCACUUUAGGAAGCACUGGCAGAACUAUGUGAAAACUUGGUUCAAUCAGCCGGCAAGAAAGGCCAGAAGAAGGAUUGCAAGGCAAAAGAAGGCGGUAAGGAUCUUUCCAAGGCCAACUUCUGGACCUCUUCGCCCAAUUGUUCAUGGCCAGACUUUGAAGUACAACAUGAAGUUGAGAGCUGGCAAGGGUUUCACUCUUGAAGAGCUUAAGGCUGCUGGUAUUUCAAAGAAACUUGCACCUACCAUUGGUAUCGCAGUUGAUCACCGCCGUAAGAACCGAUCACUUGAGGGUCUUCAAGCCAAUGUUCAGAGGCUUAAGACGUACAAGGCCAAACUAGUUGUCUUCCCAAGACGUGCGCGCAAGUUUAAGGCUGGUGAUUCUGCUGCUGAGGAGCUUGCAACUGCAACCCAAGUCCAAGGACCAUACAUGCCUAUUUCUCUUGAGAAGCCUUCUGUUGAGCUUGUGAAGGUCACAGAGGAGAUGAAGUCAUUCAAGGCCUAUAACAAGCUCCGUGUUGAACGAAUGAAUGAGCGCCAUAUUGGUGCCAGAAUGAAGAAGGCGGCUGAGGCUGAGAAAGAAGACAAGAAGUAAGGUUGCUUUUUGAGGGCUUUGUUUUUGUUAUUUUACUGGUUUAAGACAUUAGUUUUGUUUUCAUAUUAUCAGUGAGUUGAAGCAGGUUUAGAAAACCUUUGGUAUUACGUUUGUAAUCCUGUUUUGGAGAAUUUUAUUAAAUUGAGAAGUUUUUGCAAUUCCUUGGCAUUAUGAAGUUGUUGGUAAGUUGUUUA